CAUUCUGCUUAAAUCCGGCCCUGAGCGCCGAAAGUUUUUAAAAGCUUAUUAUCGGUGGCCCUGGGCAAACGUUAUUUUUUUCUCGCUAGUCCCUUAAAAGCUUUUAAACAUUUCUGAAAACUUUUAAUGCAUUCUCGAUUUUUCGGCGGCGUUUUGCCUAAAACGAAACGAUCUUCAAUUGCUCCUCGCGGCGUCAUUCGUCUGUCGCAUUCGCGAUAAAAUUUCCGCGAUUGUUUUUUUUUAUGUUCGCAUACGGGUCUUUACAUUUUUCUCCUCUCUUCGCGCGAGCUUAUACUCGAAAAAUUCCGAAAAGUAGACGAAUGAGUCCUUAACCUCGAAUUUUGUAGCCGGUGUUUAGCUUUUUUAAUUUCCUAAGCGGCUGAAAGUGAAUGGACUUUAUUUAAUUAUCAUAAUGGAGGGACACGGCAAGGACGUUUACACCCAUUUCGCACCUUCGAGGGCGACUCAAAACGAAACGCGGGCCUCUCUCGUAACGCUAAGGAGAUUUGCCAGGGAUCAACAGUACAGUAAACGUUUAGCAAGGGAUCUAGAUAUAAAAGCUCAAGAGGCGCAAUUGUUCUCCUUGAAGGAGACAGUGCCCGAGGUCAGUUUGACGAGGAAACGAGCUUUCAUGGGACUGUGCUGCGAAAAUUGCACGUUCAUAAGUCGCGAAUCCUGGGUGAAAAAAAACACCGAAAGUCUGGUAAUAACCAACGUAUUGCAGAAUCAUUUUGUAAGGGCAUUCGAUUGGAACAAUAACCCGCCCAUUGUAAAAAAAAACAUUCUAAGCCUGGAGAGAAUUGAAAAUGCCGUGGAGAAAGUGUCCCGGCAGCAGUUAGAGUUGAUGGAUAGCAAAGAUGAAGAUUUGUAUCGAGAUUUGUUGACGAGAAACCGUAAAAGGGCUGAAAUAUUAGGCGUUAAUAUUAGCGGAAAAGUGUCAUAUUUUCUUUUGAGGCUCGUUUCCUGGGCUUUAUCUAAAAUUCUACCCCGUUGCGCUUCCUCGAUAUGCGUCCACGAAGGUCAGAUUGGUAUCCUGAGAGAAGCGGCCCGGUCGAAUCUUCCUAUAAUAUUUUUACCCUCAAGCGAGUCGCAUUUAGAUCAUCUCGUCAUAUUGUAUUUGGUGUUUAGGUUCAAUUUAAAGUGUCCUUUAGUGGCGGUCGAGCGUCAUUGCAAUGUUGCCUUCAUCGGAUCGUUGCUUCGACGUAUGGGAGUGUUCUUCAUUGAGUCUGGUGACAAUCAGUGCCAAGCGGAUCCCAUCUACGACGCCCUAUGGACCGAGCAGUUGAAAAACAGCCUUCGGGCGGGUUACAACUUGAUAUUCCCCAUAGCGAAACGCGAAAUCCUCAAAGUGGUGCUCGAUAGCUUGAAGGACCGUACUUUGGAUGACGUUCUGUUGGUGCCGGUAGCGUUAAAUCGCGACAAACUCAUCGGACGCCAUUUUAAUUUAAACCUAUCGAACCGUGGCGGAAAAAUUUGGCCGUCCAUUAGAGCCGCCUGGACGGCUUUGAUGGGCGGCCACGGCAUGAUAAGGGUCGAUUUUAACCAACCGUUCUCUUUGAGGGAAUUCGUUGAAACGUUUCACGAGAAACACGUAUAUUGGUCUGACUUCGGCGGAGAUAAGCGCGAGGGGGUGGAGCAAUACCUGCGCGAUCACGUGGCUUUCAGUUGUAACCAGUCGGUGGCGGUAAUGGCGACGAACGCCGUCGCUUUCUUGCUCCGCACCAGAUACAGAGAUGGCGCCACCGUAGACGAACUUUCCGCCGCCAUGGACGGCCUGCGGAGGCAGCUGGAAUACGUCAGGAAAGACGUCGGCUUUCUGGGUCGCUCGGUUGACGUGGUGCGGUACGGGGUCGAGAAGCUGGGACCCGGUUUAGUUAGUACCGACCGCGACCGUAUAAAACCACGCCGCGAUUUCGACAGCGGCGUAGCGCUGUGCCGUUACAGCGACCCCGUGCUGGCGUAUUUCGUUUUGGAUUGCGUCAUAGCGGUCGCGCUGCGUAGGUCGAACGUCCACGGCGACCUGGUCUACCACGACGACCUGAUGCGGCACGUUUUGCGACUCUGUGACAUGCUGCGUCACGAGUUUCUCUUCUGCAAACCGUGCGAGGACCUCGAACGCGUCGCCGUCGGCGCCAUAGACGAUCUUUCAAUCAAAACCGGCAUGUUCGUCACGGACGGCAACGCGGGACUGAUCCGUCGCAACAGGAAAAUGGUAGAACAGCUGGUCGACGAAGACGUUCCGUUGAAAACUUACAAAGUGGCGAGCGAUAGGGAGGCGGAGGAGCGCCUCGCGCCCCUGAGGAACGCGCUGGGGCCUCAUUUGGAGGCCUACGCGGCCGCGGCUUCCGGCUUGCGCCGUCUCUUCGACGAGCAGCUCUUCGAAAGCGAUUUGGUCGAGGAAAUAGUCGUCGAUAUCGCCAAGUCCGAUCGGCAAUACGCCGAGAGCGCUCGCGCUGACUGGGUGGGGAACGCCCUGCGCGUGUUCGAAAAAUGGGGCGUGGUCGAAGGUCACGUGGAGGGCGGAUUACGGGUUGUGUACUUGAAAGGUGGACGCGAAAGCGUCGACCAAGUUUGCGGGGAGAUAGACGAUUAUAGGGCAGCGGUCAGCGCUUAAACGGACAGUAGUUCGAAUGUCCCGGCGUAUUCUAAGUCCAAUUUGUUUUUAGCUAAACACCAUUAAAAACCAAAUAAAAUAAAAAUCAUUUUAUUGUCAAAGAAUUGAUUGAUAAUUUAUU